AGUCAUAGGUGGGUCCUGGAGCAGAACUGAGGAGCCCUGGGAAGUCACAAAGUUUGUGUCUGGAGCGGUAGUGGAAAGUGGGCUUACUGCGAAGGGAUUUUCUUGGGAUGAGAGCAGAUCUCCUGCCUUCAUUUUGGAUGCGCGCCCUGCUUUAACCGCCCCCCCGCCCCCAGCCUUCAGCCAGAUCCCUGGACAGCCUGUCUCUCCCGGCAGUUCUCAGACUUCCGAGGACACCGGACGGGAGUUGGCAGUUCUCCCUCGGGCAGAGCAGAGAACGUUUUUCCUUUCUAAGUGCAUAAGCUUCAGCACACGCGCACACACGCACACACGCGCACACACCCCGCGGAGCCGGACCUUAACCUCCGAGGCGGCUCUGCCCGCUCCCCUCCUGCCCUCAGCAUCCUCGGCCCAGCGUCCCUCGGACCAGCAUGGAGGUGCUGGAGAGCGGGGAGCAGAGCGUCCUGCAGUGGGACCGCAAGCUGAGCGAGCUGUCAGAGCCCGGGGAAACCGAGGCUCUUAUGUACCACACGCACUUCUCGGAACUCCUGGAUGAGUUUUCCCAGAACGUGUUGGGUCAGCUCCUGAAUGACCCUUUCCUCUCGGAGAAGAGCGUGUCGAUGGAGGUGGAGCCAUCCCCGACGUCCCCGGCGCCUCUCAUCCAGGCCGAGCACAGCUACUCCCUGUGUGAGGAGCCUCGGGCCCAGUCACCAUUCACCCACGUUACCACCGGUGACAGCAUCAAUGACGAUGAAGUGGAAAGUGAGAAAUGGUACCUGUCUACAGACUUUCCAUCAACAACCAUCAAGACAGAGCCAAUUACAGAGGAGCCGCCCCCAGGACUUGUUCCCUCUGUCACUCUGACCAUCACUGCCAUCUCCACCCCUUUUGAGAAGGAGGAACCCCCCCUGGAAAUGAAUACUGGGGUUGAUUCCUUGUGCCAGACCGUUAUUCCUAAAAUUAAGCUGGAGCCUCAUGAAGUGGAUCAGUUCCUCAACUUCUCUCCUAAAGAAGCCUCCGUGGAACACUUGCACUUACCUCCCACCCCUCCCAGCAGCCACAGCAGUGACUCGGAGGGCAGCCUGAGCCCCAACCCGCGCCUGCACCCCUUCAGCCUGCCUCAGACCCACAGCCCCGCCAGAGCCGUGGCGCGGGCCCCCUCGGCCCUGUCCAGCUCUCCUCUCCUCACGGCGCCUCACAAACUGCAAGGAUCAGGCCCACUGGUCCUGACAGAAGAGGAGAAAAGGACCCUGAUCGCCGAGGGCUAUCCCAUCCCCACCAAAUUGCCUCUAACAAAAUCAGAGGAGAAGGCUCUAAAGAAAAUUCGGAGGAAAAUCAAGAACAAGAUUUCUGCCCAGGAAAGUAGGAGAAAGAAGAAAGAAUACAUGGACAGCUUGGAGAAAAAGGUGGAGUCUUGUUCAACUGAGAACUUGGAGCUUCGGAAGAAGGUAGAGGUUCUGGAGAACACCAACAGAACUCUCCUGCAGCAACUACAGAAGCUUCAGACUUUGGUGAUGGGCAAGGUUUCGCGCACCUGCAAGUUGGCGGGCACGCAGACUGGCACGUGCCUCAUGGUGGUUGUGCUAUGCUUUGCUGUUGCAUUUGGCAGCUUCUUUCAGGGCUACGGGCCCUAUCCUUCUGCCACCAAGAUGGCUCUGCCCAGCCAGCAUUCUGUGCAGGAGCCGUAUACAGCCUCUGUCGUGAAAUCCAGGAAUCUGCUGAUCUACGAGGAACAUUCUCCCCUGGAGGAGCCGUCCAGCCCAGCCUCAGCUGGGGAGCUUGGGCAUUGGGACAGAGGGUCCUCUCUGCUCAGAGCAUCAGGGUUGGAGACCAGGCCUGAUGUGGAUCUCCCCCAUUUCAUUAUCUCCAAUGAGACCAGCCUGGAGAAAUCAGUGCUGUUGGAGCUACAGCAGCACUUGGUCAGCGCCAAACUGGAGGGGAACGAGACACUAAAAGUUGUAGAACUCGACAGAAGAGUGAACGCCACCUUCUAAAGAGGCUGUCUCCACCUCCCUCUUUCUCUUCACUCUGCUUUCCCAUCCCCAAACCACCUCUGUCAUAAGCUUUUCCUUUUUGCCUUUGAUCUGGAUAAAGACAUGGGCGAGCGGUCGUGGCUUUGGAUGCGAGGACAGCCUGGGAUUUCCACCUGCGGUGAGAGAGCACCUUCCCCUCCAUUCCAUGCCCCCCUGAAGAGGGGAGCCCGGCAUCCCUCCCUCCCUCCUGUUUACCGCCAUAGGAAAUUAUUUUAGGAUCGUGGCUGGGACAAGCAGGCUCGUUUCUACCAAUAGUGCCAAAGAGAUACUGCCUGAUUUUCAUUGUGGGGUGCGACCACCUCUUUGAAGAAGAGAUGACUCUUGUUCGUGUGAGACCCCAGACUCCAGCCACAAAAAUACCAGAAUGCCUGCUGGGAUCUGGCAAAGCACUGACUGACGCCCUGCCUUCCUCAGCCUUGCGCUCCCGUGUGUCUGCCCCCGACAACCCGGAGGUGCCAGUGCCUUCAGUGAGCACCCCUGACACUCUGCCCCAUCAGAGCCCUCGCAGAUCGUCCUCCCCGCACUGGAGCGAGGGCUCCCCCUUCCCCAUUCUCAGGCCGCAAGUGCAAUGCCUGAAAGAAUCAGGCUUUUCUACUCCAGGCGAACCUGCCCCAUCUUGUUGCUUGUAGGGCAUCCCCACAACCUGCGUCCCCACGUACCCAUAGGUCUGCCUCCCUGGCUUCUCCUCCCCAUUUGUAAAUAGUAUUUAUUAGCUCGCUGAGGCUUCCCCACUAGCAAUCACACUGAAAAGAUCCGAUGCCUCCCUCCAAAGUGGCCUUUGGAGCUAGAAGGGCACCCUAAGCUCUGGGAUCCCCAAUCCUCCAGAUGGUGUUUUUUUUUUUUUUUUUUUUUUUUUACAUUUUCUUCUUCUUUUUCUUCCUCUUCCUCUUCCUCCUCCUUCUUCACCUGGAGGCCUAUCAUUGUAAUUGGGAAGUCCCCUUAAGAGCUUGUGUCCUCCUACAGAAUGAAGUCAGAGGGAAAUGCCUUAAUCAGGUCUGCGGCUCUGUGGUCAGAGGCUUUUUCUGUCCUGUUCCCAUAAGAGAAGGGAAUCCUUGUCCCUGACAACAGGCAUUUCGGACAGCCUUGCUGGCUUGCCUCUCCACACCUGCUCCUAGCCCCCUCCUCCCCACCCCCACACCCCACUUCUGCUUUACCCUCCUCUUCUGCCUCAACACAGGGGGCCUGAGGCCUGGGGUUGGAGUAGGUGACAUUUGUGUAUCCACAGUCUUACCUUUUAUAUUAUAGUCAGGUUUGGCUACUUUGCAGCUUACCCAAAGAGAUACAACCUAACCCCCCAACCUACAUUUUUUUGUUUGUUUGUUUAAUGAUUAAAAGUAACUUUUGUAGUUUAAAAAAUUCUUUCUUCUUUCAUACAAAUAAGAAAUGGAAAUUGCCUUUUCAUUGUAUAAUGUAGAAGAUUCACUUUAAGUGUUUUUCCCUAGCUUGUGAAAGAUUUUGUGUAAGAAAUUUGCUUACAUUUUGUAUUUUAUAUUUAGUAGUAGCUGAAGGACCUUUAGCUUUAACUCCUCUCUCUCUCUCUCUCUCUUUGGUCUACACUGUCAUUGAAACCUGUACUUACAAGUGAUUAAGCCCAUACCUGGGCCUUCCAUUCCAUAGUAGAUGCAGGAUUUGGUGUCAUUAGUAUUUUUCCAUCAUACCUCAUAAGCAGAUCCCUGCUUUGUCGGCCUAGGUACAUCUGGGGCUCGCCAUGAGUGAUUCCCCUCUCUCUCUCUCUGCUGUGAUGGAGAGAGUUGCAGACUAGGAGAUGCCAAGUGUGUCUUCUCAUCCAUGUGUAAAGCUGGAUUGGGGCUGCCGCUGUCUGCAGUUUCAGGGCCCCUUACAUUGGCCAGGGAGAGCAGAGGCCGUGUGAGCUGUGUAGGAAGAGGGCUUACUAAUGUCCCCCUUGCCCCUGCUUCUCUCCUCUCCAUUCCCUCCUUCUCUUCAGCUCUAGAUUUUCCUGGGCCUGGCUGGUGUCAGGUAGCCACGGGCCACUGCUGACCCAUCCUUCUCUUUAAAAUGCCAUGUAAGUAUCAAGCACAGGUACCUGUGGGGGCCUACAGAGGUAAAAAAGAAUGAGCUCAAGUAGUGUUUGGUCAAUGAGAAAGGAAAGUUUUAUAUUUAAGGGCAGAAGUGUGAGCAUGGGUCAGCCCACCCACCUGCUGCAGUGGAACCAGAUCAGGUUUUGAAGGCUGCUGGAUUAGCCAGGGGUGGGAAACCUGCUCUUCUGAAUGAGGCGGGAGAAGGGACUGGCCAGCAAAAGUCCAGUACCUGUCCUUAGUACCUUGAGGAUUUUAUUUUCUCCCCUACCUGCCUUUGCUUGUCAUCUCCAUCUCUGGAUCUCCAAACAGCAGGCUGUUUUCUCUGGGAAGCUCUUCUUCCAGAACUGAAGCUCUAUCUGGAGACAGGAGACAUCAGCCUGGGAGCUCAAAUGGCCAUGUUAAGGGGGUUCCAAGAACCAACCUUGCUGCUAUUUUGCAAAAAAAACCUCUGCCCUCCACUCCCUGUUUGGGCAAGUCAAGGGAAUAAACACAUAUCCCUUUAGGAGGAUGCCAUGGGGUCAAGAGGACACAGAAAAGUCGGAUAAUGCCAAGUAAUUAAGGGAUGUGUGCUCGUUUGCUGGAUUUGCUUUCCCCCAUAGAGCAGUCCCAUAGACCAGUCAGUAAUGCCUGGUUAACCCUGAAGAUUUCAAAUAGAGGCAGACAUUGGCUUCUGAACUUCAGUUUUGAAUACUAUGAGACUAUUAGCAUCACCGUAAACCAUAAAUAAUAAAUAGGCUACUCAUAAAGACAUUAAUUCUAUUUUUCAUCAGGUAAACAGUGUUUCAUCUCCCCUGUCUUUGAUUACUCUGGUGAAGGAGAUGUCUUGCAAACAUUCCGAGAACAAGCACUUUUUCACUGGCUGAGCCCCGAGUAACCCAGGCCCCCCCCCCCCCCCCCCACCAGCUUGGCCCUUUCCACAGCUCUUAACUCUGUGCUUAGAAAUGGAUGCUGGAGAUGAAAGGCCUCGGUGCCAGUUUAAGAAAGAAUUUCUGUGAAGUGUUAGGACUCUGGAGCCUCGGUCACAUAAAGAGAGUGUUAUGUAAAUAUCUGACAGCUGAACUAGGUUGCUCCUUUUGUGUGUGUGGGGGGGCUGAGGUUUGACACCAGCGUAGGCAAAAUUAGAUAACCUUUUUGCUAAUUAAAAUGAUUUUGAUUUGGAGAACUAAUAUGUAGGUUGUGAGAGCAGCUUUUAGCUCAACUUAUUUACAAACCAACUAUAAUUACCAUGUUUUUUUUUUCUUCCUAAAUCUCUCGGUUUAGCCUGAAUGCCAAAAGGGGGCGGUGAAUCUCCUGUGCCCAUAGAGCGGGAGUGUUGAAGUGAUUCAUCUUUAUUCUAGCCUUGAGGCGGUGUCCAGAAUUUUGGUCACAUGUGUUUCAUUAAAAUUUUUCAACACUUAUGGCUCCUUUCCUCCAUGGCCUCAGACCAAGCAAAACCACAAAGAGAGCAUCAGAGGCAUCUUGGAGCCUGCUCUUGAGCACACAUGUCCUAUGGGGCGUGUACUUGAGCACGACGCAUAAAUGGAGACCUCCUGCUCUUUGUGGAGGAAAUGGACCAUCCGUGCUGGUCUUGCUCACGUCGGGGAGAUUGGAGACCGAGGAGAAGGGCUUUUGGCCUCCCCCUUGUCUGCAUGAGUCACUGCUUUGGUUCUAUCGAAUCCAGGCUGAUGGGACCUGUGAAACCAUUAGCAGGUAGUGCUCUAGUGAGAGCCAUUUCAUUUGAAUGCUUUUCCGCUGAGACAAUUAGGAGAAAUGUGAUAGCAUGAGCCCCUCUGGGAGGCCAGUUACAGGAGCGAGUGGGAGGCUGUGAAGGAGCCAGAGACGGAUUUCACAUUUCCCAUUCAGUCAGUCCGUCAGUCCAUCAGUCAGUCCUAGGACUUUUCAGUUUUACUGAGGCAGAGUUCUGCAUGGAGCCCUAGGGAUUGUUGGGGAGUCAGGGGUCUGAGGAGAUUUCGUCAAUCAAUAGCUAUUCAAAAGACAAAAGAGCUAGGUCUCUCUCUCUGUCUCUCUCUCUCUCUCCCUCCCUCUUUCUGACACACACACAAAUUUCCCCCUUGUUUCAAACACUCGUCUGCCUUAAAUGUGCCUUUUAUAUAUCCUCCAGGAUAACUGAAGAUUCUGUUGUCCCUGGGAGAUGUUACAGAUAGCCUUGUAGUAUUAGACUGAAGUGGGUGUGGGGAAAGAACAUUUUCCGGAGGCCCGAAAACGGUUUCCUAAAUGUGAGCCACGAUCAGAUUUGCACAUCGGGAGAAAAGAAAUGAGGUUUUGUCCAUUAGGAAAAUCCCGUUUUGUAGAGCUGCAGUCAACAUCUAAAACUGGCCAGCCUGGAUUAAAGUUAUUAUAAAUCCUCACAGCAGAACAUGUUCUCAGGGCCAAGGAAUCUGGCCCAUUCGGGGAUUGAUGCUCCUUCUCUCUGUGGCCAAAGAGCCUGCACUUAGCACAGGACAAAUCUAGGUGUUGUUUCAUUUUGUUCUUUUGGGGCAUCAUAAUUCAGGAACGCUUUAGUUUUGUCUUGGUUUUGAGAAGGAAGGGAGAUAAUAUUUCUUGAGCCCUUAUUAAGUGCUGCGUACUGUGCUUAAUACAUUUUGGCUUUUAAUUUUAUCGAGAAAACAGGGCAACUAGCUACUAGGAGAUAGAUAAACCACUAAGUGAUAUGGGAAGUGCAGUUUGUGGGUUUGGUUAGGCAGAACUUUCCGGGAACUUGUAAGGUUGUCCAGGCAGGAAACACAGUGUCCAUUCCCUCUGCUGGGCCCACUGUGCAAUGUUAGUUCUUUGCUUCCUGUUGGAGGUAUCCACCCGACGCUCAUGUCCUGUCUUGUUCAUCUAGUCUUCUGUGAAUUCCAGCUAGCAGGCUUUGCAUCCUGGAAAAGAAAAAACAGGGAUUUUAGCUCUGUUCCUCCUCUCCUGUCUUUGCUCACCAGCUAAGUGAGAACGUGAACUUUUUGCACCACGGACCCAUGGCCUGCACUGCUUAGAGCCUCUCCCUUGCAGAUAAAAUGCUUUGUGAGUCUAUGGAAAACACCUGCACACCUUGACGAAUCGUGAGGGACCCUAUUGAAACAAUGCUGAGCAGACCCUAGACUAUAAUCAACCGUGAGCUUUAAUGUCUGUGCUGACAGGCUGGACCUCUCCUCUCUUUUGUAAUAGUUCUAUAGACUAGCAGUGUUUAAGUCUAAAUGGAUUGUGAGUCUAUUACCUGUCAUAUUGUGCUGGGUUUUUUUUUUUUAUGGCUUUUUAUUCUUUAUCAUAGCUAAGUAAAUGCCUAAAAUUAAAAAAAAAAAAAAAGCUUUGUAGGGUACUUGUACUUAGUUUGGAAAAAAAGAUGAACUGAAAUUGUUAUGCUUUUGUAUUUCCAUUUCUUGCGAAUAAAAAUAUUUUUUCUUAAUUAGUAAAA